AUGCGCGCUACAAGCGCGCAACGGCCUUCUUUCUCGACUGGUUACUACGGGCGCGAGGGCGGGGGCGUCACGCAGGCCAACGGGUACAGGUUACUUGAUGCGCUCAGCGACGUGGUGAACGAGAUCGCAGCGGAGCCCACGACCCUAACGCCGAAACUCCUGGUAGAGCUCCCCAAAGCUCUCACAGCGUGUCGAUGUGCUAUCACAUUGCGGAUCGAAGUCAAGCCAUCUCAAAAAUCUACGGAGGAGCUGGCGGGCUCGCGGUUCGAGAACUACUACGAGGUGCUGCAAGUGGACGAAGACUAUUUCCCAGACGAAGAAAUCUUCGAGAAGGACAAGCACACCCCGAAAAAAGCCAAGACGGAGCGGAAGCGUCUCUUUGAUGAGGCUUUCGCGGAAGAUAUGAGGCUGGAAGUUGUCUACUUCUUUCUGGAGCUUGAAGAAUUGGUGGAAGGCGUGUUUAACAUCUACGACCAGGUCAAGAAGCAGGAGCGAACGAUGGCGGAGGCUGCAGUGGUGGCAAAGGUGGCGAUGGAUUGGGCAAGUGCUCUGACGGCAAAGCUGCAACUGAAAUACCCGUCGCUGAAAACGGCUGAAGACGUGCUCGUCGUUGUCAUGGAACAUGCCCCAAGUUGCCUGAAGGCUCAAAUGUUGAAGUUGGAGACUGAGGUUUGCGAAAAGUUCGAGAAGGAGAAAAGCUAUCGCUUUGUUCCGGGAAUGCUGCUAAGCGAUUUCGUGAAUGUGUGGGGAACGCUGGACAAGUUUGCAGUCGCGAUCCCAAGUGAUGAAAACCGACUCAUAUGUUUCCCGGAUGGAUAG